CAAGUUGCACCCUGAUGACAUCGGUGCACAUACACCACGCACAAAAUGUGAUACGUCAUGACAUUAUUAUUUUUGUUGAUACGUUUCAAAUUGAUCAUCCCCACCGCCGCCACCGUCGCGCAGCAGCACCCGUUCCACCACCAUGAAGCAAAAGACAUGGCCAUACAAAUCCUGCAGCCAUCAAUUCACCGGCCUCCCUUUCAUCAAUAAACCCAACAAAAAAUCCACCAAAGAUCGUCAAACCCGUCAGCUCAAUUUCACUUCAAAAUCAUCUUCUUCAUCGUCGUCCUCGUUUUUGUCGUCGUCGAAGUGUAAGGAACCGGAUUUCUCUUCGCUCCCUUACGAUGUUUUAGCUAGAAUCGCCUCGUCAUUCUCGCUGCCUAACUUGCAGUCGGCGUCGCUGGUAUGCAGAGGAUGGAGGGAUGCACUCCGGCCGUUGAGGGAGGCAAUGCUGUUCUUGAAGUGGGGCAAGCGGUUCAAGCAUGGCCGUGGGGGAGUGAAGCCCAAUUUGAAGAAGGCCUUGGAUUCCUUCUUAAAGGGGGCGGCGCGUGGGUCCACGAUGGCCAUGGUGGACGCCGGAUUGAUUUAUUGGGAAAUGGGGAAAAAGGAAGAGGGUAUUGCUUGGUAUAGAAAGGCAGCUGAGCUUGGUAACCCUGCUGGCCAGUGCAAUUUGGGUAUUUCGUAUUUGCAAGCUGAUCCUUCUAAUGCCAAAGAGGCAAUUGAUUGGUUAUAUCAAGCUUCAGUUGCUGGUAGCGUUCGAGCUCAGUACCAACUCGCUCUUUGUUGGCAUCAAGGUCGUGUGCUCCACCAAAACCUCCAAGAAGCGGCUCGAUGGUAUCUACGAGCUGCAGAAGGGGGGUAUGUGCGUGCUAUGUAUAAUACCUCCUUGUGCUACGCUUCUGGCCAGGGGCUGGUCCAGUCGCACAGAUUAGCAAGGAAAUGGAUGAAGAAGGCAGCUGAUCGUGGUCAUAGCAAAGCACAGUUUGAGCAUGGUUUGGGUCUUUUUUCCCCAAACAUGUUCUCACCAGGGAGGGGAGAUGAUGAAGGCCGUGGUAUACUUGGAGCUUGCAACGCGAGCUGGUGAGACUGCUGCUGCUCAUGUCAAAGAUGUUAUCAUUCAACAGCUAUCAGCAACUUCUCGUGAUAGAGCAAUUCAUCUGGCUGACAAUUGGCGUGCUUUGCCUUCAACUCGUUGAACUUUACGGGCUUGUGCUCCUUGUUUUGCCGAUAAACCUUCCGACAAUUAUCUUCUGUUGUUAUGGUUUUACUGUUAGAGCUUCUCUGUCAUAGAAAUAUUGAUUUUAGAAAGAAAAUAAAGUAAGAUGUGAUAUGGUUUUAUACCUUUUUCUGUAUUGAGUUUUGUUUCGUUGCAGAUUUUGUAAAAUAAUUGCGUGAUGUAAUUCAGUCUUGCAAGUUCUCUUC